CCCCAAAGCCCUAACCCAUAAUUCAAUUCGUGCAAUCAGUUUCUCUUCUCGCUUCUCCCUCGCAGCCUCUACUGUCCGUUAUCUUUGGCGUCCAUCAUCUCCGGCGGCAGUGUGCAUCACCGGUGUCCCUCGUCCGUCGCCGCUCAUCUUCGUCGCUCCGUUCGCCCUGUCAUAUCCGGCGUCACAGCGUCACAUCACCUCCGGCGUCCACAUCUCCGUCUUCUUUGCUGCAGCUUCUCGCCGGGGUCACAGCGUUCCCGCUCCGGCGUCACAACAAUUCAGAACUGAGAGGGGAGUUGUGACCAUCAGUCCGGUAAAGCAUAAGAAAGUGGGUCUGUUGAAUUGUACACAAUGUCAAGUGGGCCUGGUCUUGAAUCUCUUGUAGAUCAAACCAUUUCUGUCAUUACAAAUGACGGACGCAACAUAGUGGGAGUGUUAAAAGGUUUUGAUCAGGCUACAAAUUUAAUUCUUGAUGAAUCUCAUGAACGUGUCUACUCUACCAAGGAAGGAGUCCAGCAACUCGUGCUUGGACUCUACAUCAUUAGAGGCGACAACAUAAGCAUUGUGGGAGAGCUUGAUGAAGAACUAGAUGCCAGCCUGGAUUUGUCAAAACUGAGGGCGCAUCCUCUAAAGCCUGUUGUCCAUUAGUGAGCAAUCCGAGGAGUUUGAUGUUGUAAGGGAUGAAUGUAAUUGGGUUCAAUCUAGAAAGAAAGAAUGAUUUUGAGUUAGAAUGAGUUUUGAGUUUGAGUUUGAGUUUGAUGACAGGAAACUGAUAUGUGCUUAGUGGAUUUUGUAGAAGGUUCCUUCCUAGAAACUAAGGUCUGCAAAUGCUAUUAUUGUCUCAAUCUCAAAUACCAGAUCAGAUAGAUGCCUCCUUACAACUUUCAUUGUUUCCUAUUCAUUUU